CAUAUUGCGACUUUUUAACUUCUCCCACCCACAUUCUCAACUAAAAACUAGACAUUUUGCACACUCAUCACACAAAAUCUGAACUCAAACACAAACCUUUGAAUUUGAGCAACAUAUAGAGUUUUUUUGGAAUUUUCUAUUACCAUGAUGUUCUUAUAAUCUAACAAUCUAGAAGCUACUUUAUAAACCAUCAUGAUUCAUGCUGCCACCAAAAGCCAGUUUUUGCCUAGGUAUAUGCUUCUUUGGAUAUAUUCUACAACAAUUUGGAGUUUUAAAUAAAGUCCACAAGUGUGAUUUGAACCACUACAUAUCUAGUUUUGAUGUUGAAACUUCAAAGUUACUAUAAUUGAUACUGCAUUGGCGGUAUUCGUAUUCGACUGCGAUUCUCUAAAUAUCAAAGUUCGUGACACGGCCACAACUUUUAUCUCGACCGCUAUUUAUACCGGGUCGUUACAUCUGUUUGAUAUGUUCUUCUGUUGAAAGUUUGAAGCUAAGUUUCAAUCAAGCUAAGAAAGAAAAAAUGGAUGAUGGAAAUUCGGAGGUUUCUGAUAAACUUUCAGAUAAUGUUCUAUUUUCGAAUCCAGAAUCAUGUAGCAAUUUUCAAGCUUCAACAUCUAUGAACAUGGAUACUGAAUUAUCUAAGAGCACUACCAAAACAUGCACUCACACUCACACAUGCAAUCCACCUGGUUUCGAUUUCGAUGAUUCUAUUCAUACACACACGUGUUAUCACACGCACACUCGAGUUUUUGCAUCCGAAGAUGACACGAAUUCGAGGCCAAAAAGGAGUUUUGGCAAUAGAGAAGCUGUUAAGAAGUAUAGGGAGAAGAAGAAGGCACAGACAGCUUAUUUGGAGGAUGAAGUUAAGAAGUUGAAACUUGUGAAUCAACAACUUGUGAGGAAGUUGCAAGGGCAGGCGCUACUUGAAGCGGAGUUGCUGAGGUUGAGGAAGAUUUUGGUUCAACUUAAGGGGAAAGUUGACUGUGAAUUAGGUUCUUUCCCUUUUCAAAAGAAGUGUUUCUCUUCUAGUAACAACGAUGCUUCUGAUUGAAGGAUCGUCGUCGGCAUCAUCUAAGGUUAACACUUGUGCGUGCGAAAACAACAUGGACGCAUGUCAUCUGCAUAUCAAAUUAGAUAACUAUACCGACAAAUAUCUUUUGUGAGUUUUUGAUCUGUUGUUAUCUAUCUAUAUCUACCGAUACAUAGUGAUAAUAUAUCAGUGUCGUGUCUAGUGUCUCUGGCUGAGUUGUGACAAUGUUGUAUAGAUUGUUGUUAGAGAUUAGAUUUGUGGUUGCGAGAUCAUACAUAACCUUACCUAAUGAAGCAAUGAAGCUUGAUUUGUAUAAUGUAUAGAGUAUGUAUACAAGGAUGAGUUUUUUUAUGUUUUUUGAAAUUUGUACAGUAUACUAGCAUGUAAGAAGUGUUUUGCUUUUAGGUGAAUGAACAAAGUUCCUUGUAUGCCAAGUGUGUUCUAAUGAAGUCCAUGUUGGAUUGCACACAUGUUUCAUAUCAUAUAUGAUAUGUCUGAUUCUGCAUUCA